UUCAACUUACAAGCAUGGUGUAAUAAUUUCCUAUAAAUACCUGCUAUCUGGUGGAGUUGUAGCUAACAAUUAUGGCCACUGCCAAGGCAAUUCUCACAGCACUUUUGCUGUCUCUGUUUGUUCUGCAGUUUGUUCAGGCUCAUGAGAUAAUGACGAAUGUUGAUGGUGGCAGGCGUUCGCUUCUCCAGAAAAUAGAUUGUCAAGGGAAAUGCGCGUACAGAUGCCACUUAUCAUCGAGGCCAAAUUUGUGCAAUAGAGCGUGUGGAACAUGCUGUGCGCGCUGUAACUGUGUUCCUCCGGGCACUGCUGGGAAUGAGGAUGUCUGCCCAUGUUAUGCUCAUCUGACUACUCAUGGUGGCAGACACAAGUGCCCUUGAUUCAGAUAAACAUAUGAAUAAAACUAUCUUAUAAGCUGUACAAGGAAGUGGAAGCUUCCCAUGAAUAUGAGUAUCUUAGCGUUUAUGUAGUACAAUAAUGCUUCAGUUCUUGGUGGUGGAAGAUCAUAUGUUCUGUCAACUUAAAUUGAUGCUAAACCCUAAAGAAUGCUUUCGUGUUUCAUCAGAUCUUCGAUCUGCUCAUGCUUUUGUUAAAAAUGAUCACAACGACCAAUUCCAACGUC